AUGCAGCAGCAGUCGCAGCAACAGCACCUGAUGCAGAUGCAGAUGCAGAUGCAGCCCAUGAUGCCUCCCUACUACCCCAACAACGUCACCACCGAUCACAUUCAACAGUAUCUAGAUGAGAACAAGUCCUUGAUUCUGAAGAUUGUUGAAAGCCAGAAUUCUGGGAAGCUGAGCGAAUGCGCCGAGAAUCAAUCUAGGCUUCAGAGAAAUCUUAUGUACCUAGCUGCAAUUGCUGAUUCUCAACCCCAACAACCUCCUGCCAUGCCGGCUCAUCAGUACCCCUCUAGUGGGAUUAUGCAGCAGGGAUCACACUACAUGCAAGCUCAACAACAACAACAACAACAAUUAAUGGCUGCAAGAUCCUCACUCUUGUAUGCACAACAACCUUUCUCACUGCUUCAACACCAACAACAACUUGGUGUGACCUCUUCCUCAACUGCAAGUCCAGCUCUUCACAUGUUGCAAAGCCCCGAAGCUUCCAUGGCUUCCGAAGGGCUCCCGGAUUUUGGACGUGGUUCGACUGGCGAAGGCUUGGUGGGCGGCGGCGGUAGGGGACUCCUUGUUGGUAUUGGGAGUUCUUCAGCUGAGGGGAAUUCUGGUGAUGAUGGGAACUAAUUAACGCUAUAAAUCAGUAAUUAGCUUAUUAAUGUGGUAAUUUCAUUAUUAAUAAGUCGUGAACGAAGCUUGUUGUUCAAGUAAUUAGAAUUCGGUAUCUGCAUAAACUAAUGUAAUGUGUGACAAAUUAUUAUUGGUUGGGUAAUUAUAUAUAUGGUGUGUUAGCACAUUUUGGG